AUGGAUAGAGUUCUGCAUGAUUGGAAUACAUUAGAAGAUGAAAGAGAAUGCGAGAUUAUACGCUAUCAUGUCAUAAUCGGAAUGCGAUACUCAAUAGUUUUCUUCGGUAGGAUCUAUAUUUUGAGUUUGUAUUUGCCGAGCUUUCUUGAUUUUGUCCAUCCCUUAAAUGAAUCUCGUUCGAGGAAAUUACCUCUCUUAGCGGAAUAUUGUAUUCUCGAUGAGCAGAAAUAUUUUUAUUCUAUUCUGAUGCAUCAGUCAUUGUCAAUCGCGUUAGGCCUAAUCACAGUAAUUGUAACCUCUUUAUUAAAUCUAUUAUAUCUUCAACAUGCUUGUGGACUAUUUGAAGUAAUUAGGAAUGCACUGGAUCAUAAAACUACCGGAUACCGGAUAUUUGACAAAAAUGUGAUACUGGAUCAAUCUAGAUGUCCGAUAUCCAAUGGAAUAUUUGGUAGAGCAAUUAUCCGAUCGUAUCGCAGAUAUAUUUCCAGAUGUCUAUUAAUUGAGGCUGUUUUAGCAAUGAAUGAUUUUGAGGAAUUGUUAGGAUCUGGAUCUAUUAGUGGAGGCCUAUAUGCUUUCCUGUUUUUCGUUCAUUAUUUUGGACAAAAACUAACAGAUCGUAGUAUUCUUAUGUUUGAUAAAGUGUACGAUAUAUCAUGGUAUACAGCACCUGUGCAUAUUCAAAAACUUUUCAUCUUUAUACUACAAAGAACGGUAAAGGGUUACGUGCUCAAUAUCGGUGGUGUAAUUAUGGUGUCGUUGGAAAGUUUUGCAUCGAGAAAAAAUUCACCACAAAUAACGUUUAACAUCGUUAACGCUACGAAAAUGAAGUUUUGCGAAGAAAUAUACGACCGAAGCUCUUCGCAUAAUGAUUCACGCUGUAUUGAAGAAAACAUCAACAAUAGAGAAUUAUUGUUUGUUACUGCGCCUACGUUGCGUCGCGAUGGCGACGUCGCGGCGUCGCACUAUACUGCUUACCUAUUGGAACAGCUAACUGAGGGUGGGUUCAGACCUAGACAGAAAAUCGGAAAGCAGAAAAACAGCAGCCAAUCAAAACUCACGCUUGUAGUCGACGAUUUCAACUUUCUGAAGAUGAAUUUUGUUGGAGAUGGACAUUAUAAACUCAAUCGACGUCUCUUGCUAUUAGUUGGUUUAUGGCCAUAUGAAAAUUCUGUUUACAAGUAUUGUCAAAUGAUACUUUGUAACAUUCUUAUAAUAUUCAUGAUGUUUUGUCAGAUAAGAUAUCUCAUGUAUCAUGUAGAAGAAGAUUGGAAUAUGCUUAAAGAUAAAAUAGAAUUAGGGAUCAUAGAGAGAUACACUUGCAUUGGAAGUAUGUGUACUUUGAGUUUGACAAUAUUAGGUUUUGUGGCUACAUUAAGUGGUUUUAUCUUAUCAUUGACACCAAGCAUCCUUGAUAUCGUUAUACCAUUAAAUGUUUCCCGUCCACGACAACUUCCAUUUCCAGGAGAAUACUUUAUCGAUCAACAAAAGUUUUUUUAUGUGAUUUUAUUGCAAAUAUACAUUACUACAGGUUUAAUAGUUACCACUUUAAUAGCCACAGAAACGUUAUAUGUAACGUAUAUACAACAUGUUUGUGGAAUGUUUCAAAUUGCUAGUUAUCGAAUGGACCAAGCAUUUAAUGACAAGCUUUUGCAAGGAUACACAUCUGAAAAGCAAGCAAUUAUUAUUUGCAAACGGAUAAUUGAGGCUGUACACAUUCACAAAAGAGCUCUCAAGUCGCUUUUACAAGAAAUUGUAUUUAUAAAGGAAGUUAACGAAGUCUUAAUAGUACUUUUUCUUAUAUUUGGUCACAUUAUUUAUAUAUUUGUUGGUAACUAUCUUGGCCAAAUUUUAAUAGAUCAUAGUACAGAU